CAGUCAACUACGAAGAUGUGACGUGUUUUGACAUGUGACCGCGAGAGGGAAAAAAAAACCUUGUGGUUCGCGUCUUUAUCACGUGACCGAGCGGGCGUAUUUAAGCCCCCAGACGCGGGCUCUUCGGAAGAGACGAAUAACCAACCAGUCUGCUGCUAGGCGCGAAAACGACGUGUUUGAUUCACCAACGGCCUUUUGAACGAAAAUGAGUUCCAGUGGAAAGCUAAAACCCAGCCACCAAAGGUCUAAUGAGAAUGUAAAGACAUUUCUCACAUCUCGAAAUGCAAUGGGAUGCCAGAGGCAAACCCUGCAGGUCCUCCAACAAUCAGCAGGCAACAAAGCGCUGGGAAGGUCAGCUCCGGCAGGAAAGAUUGUUUCCAAAAGGAAACAAUGUAAUGCAGAAUACACUAGAGGUCCAAAGAGGGUGAAGGUAGAAGUUAAGGCUACACAAACUGAAGAAACUCCAUGUCUGUCAAGUGACAUGUCCAAUGAGGCGUAUCAACUUAUGGUCGUAGAAACUCCUCCUUCCGCCUACUGGAAAGCGAUUGCAGACGAGCGUCAGAAAGCCUUGUACAAUGUUUUACAGGAGAACGAGAAGUUGCACAAAGACAUUGAAGCUAAAGAUGACCAGAUAACGCAGCUAAAAUGUGAGAAUUCAGAGCUACAGGAGCUGGCGCAGCAUGUACAAUACAUGGCUGAUAUGAUUGAGAGGCUGACUGGGGAGAGCCCAGAGAAUCUGGAGGAAUUAAAGGAGAUUGCUCUUGACGUGCAGGAUGGGGAGGAAGCGCAUGACAACAAAAAUGAGGCAGGACAGAGCGAGGAAGAAGACUCUGAUUACAGCGAGUUUGAUUUGGAGGACGAAGAAGAGGCCUCAGACCACGAACGAGCUGGACCCUCGGAGCAGGAUUAACCAACACAACUUUGGGUUGUAAUGGGACUUUGGCCUUUUUUUCAUACGGGUCAGCAAGAUUUUUUUUUUUUUGCCCUGUGGUCAACCAUUUGAUUGCAUUAGCUUAGGAAAGUAAUUUAUACUUCAAAAUUGACGGUUUGGAAACUUCUGCCUUUUAUGUUUUUAAGCAGUUAACAGAAUGGUCUUUGUUUUUAUGUUUAGGUUUUGCUGUACUUCAGUUAAAGUGUUCAGAACGAAGCCAAUGUUUUAGGAGGAACAGAGUGUAAUAUGUCAAUGACUGGCUGCUUACUUUAUUAGUCCUAAGCCAUUAUAGUAGGCAAAUGUGACUUAAAGUGUUUGUUGCUUGAUAAAUUGACAGCAAGCGGCAUGUCUCACCCACA